UUUCACUCGCUACACUCUGUGCAUUGAUUUCGCUGUGUUACGUGUAGUGAUUCUGGUAGACGCAGUGUUUUGAGCAGCGGAAAUGGCCCUUAAGAUCGUGUUAGUGGCGCUGACGCUCGUUGCGUGUACGCAUGGCAGAUUUUUCACUUUCCUGAGACCAGUCAAAAGCGUGGAUUCUCACCCAGCAGCCUCAGUGCCUGCGCAGCCCAGGCUUGGCUUCGACCACCACCACAUAACCGAGGACGAACACGUCGACUAUUAUGCGUAUCCCAAAUACGUGUUCAAGUACGGCGUGAACGACUUCCAUACCGGCGACAUCAAGACCCACCACGAGACAAGAGAUGGUGAUGUUGUUAAAGGUCAAUACACGGUGGUGGAACCUGACGGCUCCAUUAGGACCGUGGACUACACGGCAGACAAGCACAACGGGUUCAACGCCGUAGUUCACAAGACCGCGCCCAUCUCACAACACGAGGCCGCUCACCUCCAUUCCUAGGUUACUUUAGGUUCUAUUCUCAAGCUCCAGCAAAAAUAUUUCAUCCACAGAUUUAACUAAAGCCUGACUGAAGGGUGAAGCAAGUGGGUGCGUCUGUGUAACUUGUAGCUUGACACCCUGCCUGUUCACAAAUCAGACAUAAUCAUUACUUGCCUCUUAACUUGAGUGAUGGGUGAUUUGGCUUGAAGAUUGCACAUUUUUAUUUCUUCAUAACUAUUCAGAAAUACUUGACAUUACUGAAAUAACUUAUAUUCUACCAGGUGUAUCUAUGCUCAAAAUAUCACUUUUUCGGAGCACAAUCUUAGUAUUUUACAUUCAGUGUGUCUCUCACUGUAUUUAUAUUGCCCUAUAUUAAAUUAUAUCCCUUAUAUUAAAUUUGUAAAUUAUAAGUAAUAUUUAAUUGCUGGACUUGAGAAGAUAAAAAGAAAAGUUAUGAAAUUUUGUGAUUUAGAAUAAUUUAAAUCGCCUGAUAGCCGGUCAAGUAUUUUUUACAUUAUAAGUGAAAAUGGUUUAAAACACUGUUCCUAAAAAAAAUAAAGUGAAAUUCGCGACUAGAAACAACGCUAGUAAUAAUUAAGAUUAUUGUUGAAAGUGACUUUAAAUUUCACGAAUUGAAAAAUGUAAAUUUUACUGACCUCGUUAUUUUCAGAAUUUGUUUAUUUAUACUUACUUGUUGUUGAGUAAUUUUACGAAGUACCUGAUAAUUCUAAUGUUACUUUUGUUGUAUUUUAUAGGUUUGUAAUAUUGUUGUCAAUAAAGUUGAUGGACUGAAAUAUU